CUUGGGACAAGCGCUUGCUGCUUGCCUGCUUUUCCUCUUCAGCUAUCACUAGCUGCUUCGAGCUCCCAACCCGGCAGUAGGGGCGGGGCUCAGACUCCCCAGCAUUGCAUGCUCAUUGACAGACCACGAUUUCUGAUCUGAUUAUUCGCUCUAUUGCUAGUUACUGUGAUUUAUUUAUACUCCUGAACAAUGACGAAGGAUCGCCUUAGUGCUCUUAAAGCAGCACAGUCAGAAGAUGAACAAGAUGAGGACAUGCAAAUGGAUACGGGCAAUGCCCAGUACAUGGAAGAAUUCUUUGAACAGGUUGAAGAAAUUCGCGGAAGUGUCGAUCUUAUUGCAAACAGUGUAGAAGAAGUGAAGAAGAAACAUUCAGCAAUCCUUUCUAAUCCCGUCAAUGAUCCCAAAACAAAAGAGGAGCUCGAUGAGCUCAUGGCAAGCAUCAAGCGGACGGCAAACAAGGUUCGCGGUAAGCUGAAGCUCAUUGAGAAUGCAAUUGAGCAUGAUGAAUCCGCUGGGGCUGGAAAUGCGGAUCUACGUAUACGUAAAACGCAACACAGCACAUUGUCACGACGUUUUGUUGAAGUUAUGACCGAUUACAACAAAACGCAAACGGACUAUCGUGAGCGGUGCAAAGGACGUAUCCAACGACAACUUGACAUAGCUGGAAAACAAGUUGGAGAUGAAGAUUUAGAAGAAAUGAUAGAAAGCGGUAAUCCCGGAGUAUUCACGCAAGGAAUUAUCACUGAUACCCAACAGGCUAAGCAAACCCUAGCUGACAUCGAAGCGCGGCAUAAUGAUAUCAUGAAGUUAGAGAGCAGUAUCCGCGAGCUUCACGACAUGUUUAUGGAUAUGGCGAUGCUUGUCGAGAGUCAGGGAGAAAUGGUGGAUCGGAUCGAGUACAACGUGGAACAUGCGAAGGAAUUUGUCGAUCGAGCCGUAGCCGAUACGAAAAAAGCCGUACAAUAUCAAAGCAAAGCUCGAAGGAAGAAGAUCAUAAUUCUAAUCGUUGUCGUCAUCCUCAUAGCUAUCGGUGCGCUAAUCAUUAUGAGUUUCAUUCCUGGUAUAUGAGAGCGAUGUUUUUCGUGCCAAAUAAUAGUGUGCUUGCUACUUAAACGAGCCACAUUUAUGCAUAAUCAUGUCUGCUAUAUAGAAACACAAUACUUUAUUUUUCAGUAAGUUUGUCUUGUCGUUAAGGUAAUUUCUAAUAAUACGUGAAUUAGUAUACCUAUUUUAUGUGUGUUCAAGUGUUGUUAUUCCCAAACAAUCCGUGUCACUGUAAGCAAUAUCCGCUCCCAGUCGUUGCAUAUUUUUUGCCUGUGUUUGUUUGUUUUCUCUUAAUUUGCUUUUCUUGGCUAAUUAAUAUAUAUGUUAUGUACUGGUUAAACGCUGCGAUUGGCGCGGGCGACUAGCGCUCGGCUUCGUGGCUGCAGUUUGCACUGUUCGAACGGAGCCCGCACGAUUUUCUAGUCCAAGUAGACGCGUACGGGCUCUUUCACUGCCGUAAUCGGUUUCUUGCCUCUCCAUUCUAUUCCAAGUGUAUCAUCUGUACGCUCAUAGCGGUUUCUGCUAAGCACU